UUCUGGAGACCACCAUAGCGUGCAGGUUGGCAUGUGCGCAUAUGACGCUGAAAGCCUGGGAUUGAAUUCACGCGAGAAACUCAACGUCGGUUUUCCCCUCCUAAUGUUGGCGCAAUUUGUGGGGUGCUAUGCCAUGCAUAGAAGCCAUGCAAAAACUUCUCCCCAAAGAAGGGUCGCACUGCGGCACGUCGUUCAGACUCGGCUUUAAAAAGGAGGUCCCUUAUCAUUAAGCUUAAACAUGAAUCGGACAGCACUCAGUGAUAUGUGAGAUAUGUUUGCCACUGUUCCCUAAUAGAAUUUUCAUAGACAAAUGUGAAUAUUCGUCUUUUACGUUUAGGUUAGGUUGAGGAGAGUUAUUUUAAAGAAUUCUACCAUCUACCAUUAAGUCGGCCAUCAACAUUGACAGGCUUUUGUUGACAUUUUUUUUAAUAAAAUUGUUAUCUUACGAUAUAUCAUACGAUUUAUUCGUAAUGUGUGUACUUAAUUAAAAGUAGCUAGACUCACUUAUUAUUGUGUUGCAAUUGCUUUGGAUGCCUUAAAAAUUGUACGUGCCUGUGAAUUUUUGCAAUAAUUAUUUUGUUUUUCUACACCAAUUAAUGCAACCCUGAAAUUCUGGUCAUUUCAAUCAAAAAUUGCAACUCUAUAAAAUUGUGCGAUUUUUGUUUAUAAACGACAAAACAAAUGAACAAAACAUAGAGGAAAACAAAGGAAAGACACCGAAAUUCACGUAGAAGAGCAAACGAGCGACCGACGUCGGACGACAACGAACCAGAAGCGCAAAAGGAACAAGCAAAAGUUUUCCAUCCAACCAUUUUCAGCAGAGGAAAAUUUGGUUUAUUUGUCAAACAUUGACGUUUUCCAUGAAUGUGUGUGAGGUUGUGUGUCUGCUGCUUGCUGCCUAUCAUUCGUCCGUCUCUUCCCCCAACAAAUGUUCAAGUGUGUGAGUGCGCGUAUUUUCCAUUACCCAUGUGUGAGUGUAGCAAGCGAGCGAACGAAAAAAUGAAUUAAAUCGUAAUAAAACAAGUAUUCAACCACAUACAAAUAAUUAAAUUGAGAAGAAUGCUAACAACAGCAGCGACCAGAAGAAGAAGAAGACCAAGAAACUCACAGAAACUAUGAAAUAAUUGUGACUAAAAACAGAAUUCCUAACAUUUAAAAGCAAGCGAGCAAGCAAGCAAAAUAAGAAAAAAAACGAAAAAAUUCGCGGCUACAAUAAUGUGUUAUAAUUAAUGCCAAUAAAAUGUUACAAGAAAUAUACAAAACAAAAAAGAAAAACAUUUAAAUCUAAGAACAACCAGCAACCUCAGAGUUGGCAGCGCGAAGUAGCGACGAAGCAGACCACGAGCGAGCUCCAAAACGACGACGACGUGAACGAGGACGAAGAGGAAAUUAGAGUCUUUUUUUCUUGGGAACAUUUUUCUUUUCCACGAAUCCCCUCACAAAUAAUCGCAGCAUAAAUGAGUUUAAUUUGAGGAGUUGUGUUGUUUUGUUUAACAAAUUCACCAUCACCAUUGUCUCCGAAAGCGCUUAUAGCAUAGACCAGUAGUUCAUAUUGGCCGGGCCGCAACAUGGAUGGCUCCAACAACUCAUCCGGAGGCUUAUCGUCGCGCAGUCUUCCCUCGCUGUUCUCCAUGAGUAAUGGUUCCUCGAUGGCUACCAAAGACUUGGAAGGUCUAAUAGCCAUGAAUGAUAGUGCUUUGUCGCAACAAAUCGAAUUUAUACUACAGGAUGCUCCCAUGGAGCAUGAUGACGAUGAUGAUGAUGAUGGCGACCACAGUAGUGGUGGCGGUGGUGCCGGCAGCAUCCAUCAUCGCAUAUUGUUUCAGCAACAUCAGCAGCAGCAACAACAUGGCGGCAACAAUGAUGUGAUGACCUCUGUUAAGGGAGGAGGUCAACAACAACUAAUGGACACAGAAAGUAAUUCACAAGGGGCCCUAUCGGGCGUGGGUGGCUCCGGCACUGCAACUGUUAUAAAAAUUGAGACCCCACCGAAUUCUACAACACCCAUAACAAGCGCUUCCGAUUUAAGUCAGACCAGUCAAGAUAUCGAACAGCAGCAGCAACAACAACAACAAUCCAUUGUCAAAACUAUCACACACCAUGCUGUGGGUACAACAACAGCAGGUGGAAGACAUCAACAGCAACAUCAUCAUUUUCUUAAUGGACGUGGUAUUAUUGUGCGUUCGUCAGACAUUCAUGAUUACAAUUCGCUACCCUUGGCGGCGACAACAGCGGCAGCAGCUCACCAUGAUCAUCAUCAGCAGUCACUUGAUGAGGAUGAGGAAGAAGAUCCUGAAUUGAAUGAUGAAAAUCUCCAAGAUAUCGAAGAGGAAGCCAAGGCAGCUGAGGCUGAUGAGGAGCCGCCCCUAUUGGACGGUACCCAAAUCAAAGUGGAACAUAUGGAUGAUAUGAUCGACACAGCGCCAGCACCUCGUCUAACCUAUACUAGUGGUCCCACCACGGUGACGACCACAAAUGCUGAGGGUCAAGCCACGCAACUGGUUUUGCCUGCUGGGUCCAUAGUCAGCACCACCACGCGAUCUGUUACCGUACCGGUAUCAGAAGCUAUAGCUCAUCUACAAAGACGUCCAGUAUUCAUAAGUAAUGGCAUGGCCAAUGUUGGGGGUACCACUUUGGUGCGAAUGCCAGCCAUGUUGUCGCGAAACGGUUCAAUGGCAGUGUUGAAUGUUGUGCAGCAGCAAGUAGGAGGCGGUGGUCAGACCACUCAACUCAUAUUGCAAGCCUCACCCGUGUGCAGUGUGGCAAAUUCUUCAAGCAGCACCCCCAUGUUGGUUACCACCUCGCCACAAACGCCCAUAGCCACCGAUUUAACAGGAAACUUAUCACCCAAGGGCCAAAAUAUAUCACCAACAUCUUUGGUCACAUCAUCAGGAGGCAACACACAUAUACUUUCCAAUGCAUUAUCUUCGAAUUCAUCCACAAUAAUGGCCAUAAAUACAAGUCCUACCAAUGCUGCCAUAGCAACAACCACCUCCAACAACACCAACCGAUCGCCACAGAGAUCUUCUCAGAAUAAUGCCAAUAGUAACUCCCAUCAUCCAGUGGCGUCAACAUCGGCCCAAGCUCAACAACAACAGCAACAACAAAUUGCUUUAAAUACCAGCUUUACCCGCAAUACAGCUUCGACAUCACCCCCAUCUUCCACAUCGUCAGCCUCCCCACCCUCUUCGACGUCCACCCCCUCGGGCACCAUAUACCAGUGCAUGGAGUGCGUUGAAAAAUUCGAUAAUAAAGAACUCUAUGAGAUCCAUCGCUCCGGUCAUGCCAACAACAUGAAAUGCGCCAUCUGCAACAUGGUUCUCAAGUCUCUCAAAAACUAUGAGAAACAUUGUCUUCGUUGCAAGCCGUACGAGUGUCAAAUAUGUGGUCGUGUGGUACGUUUUCGUCCUAACUUUAUCAAACACAUGCGUGUCCACACCGGUCAACAGUCCGAGCGUCAUAAAUACAAAUGCGAAGUGUGUCACAAGGAGUUUAUGAGCUUUGAAUAUUUCAAAGUCCAUAAAAAGAUCCACAAUGAGAACGUAAAUUUGACCUGUGAGAUUUGUGGCAAACAAUUUAGCGCUUUGGCUUCGCUGCGAGGUCAUUCCAAACUACAUUCAGGAGUUAAAUUGCACAAAUGUGAAGUUUGCGGCAAAGGCUUUGGCCAACGGUACAAUCUCAAAAUACACGCUCGCACACAUACCGGAGAUUUUCCAUUCGAAUGUAAGAUCUGCAAGAAGAAAUUGCACACACAAUCAUCAUUGCAAACCCACAUGCAAGUCCAUCAGCGUGUUCAGACGUCACAGGCAACCUCGACCAUCAAAUCCACGGCAACUAGUACCACGACCAGCGGCAACACCAGCUCAAGCAGUAGUGGCGGCGACAGUGCCCACAAUUCCCCCACAUCGACUAUUGUGAAAAUGGAACCGCAAUUGUCAUCUUCAUCGGCCAUAGAUAAUCAUCCUAGCACAAGUAGCAAUCUACUCUUGAGCCAGCACUCUUCAAUGCACGACGAUCUGGACGAGAAUUCCGGACUGAGCGAUGGCCUCAAUAGCCUGAAUGGUCAUCAGUAUGUUAGUACCAGUAGUCUGAAUAAUACUAUGAUUACAGCCACCGGUGAGGAUUCUUCGGAAUCUUCAAACACAUCGCAGGAACAAUUGAGACAAACACGACAGAUAUUGCUAAAUGGAUCAACGCCCACACGUGCAAUUGUGAUCAAUAAUUAUCUGCAGAGUGAUAAGGGUGUCGAUACACUACUGUCACAGACGUCGCAACCGCAACGACAUCAUCAUGCUCAAGUUAUACGUCAGAAUAGUAGCGGCGGUGCUGGUGGCGUUAGUGGUAGCAGUAUUAGUGCCAGCGCCAGUGGCAGCAGUAGCAGUGGUAGUGCAUUGCAACAGCAAUUGAUGCGCAAAACACCAAUAAUACAUUCAACGGGCGGCGUAACUUCCUUAUCUGGUUCAGUAUUUGCCAGUUCGGUACAGCAAAGGGGCACUUCACCAUCACCCUCGCCCUCAUCAUCGUCAACUUCAUGUUCCUCUUCAGUUGUGGUCUCUAAACCGGGUGUGCCCUUAUCACUGGCAUCGGCUGCCUUGGGUUCCUCUUCGAUAAUACGCAGUACACGUGAUCACGAUUUAAAUGGUCACCAUCAUCAGCAACAGCAGAGUCAACAGCAACGUAAUAACCACCGAAAUCACCACCGGCGUCGUCAUCUGGCCGAUAUGGAUGAUGACGAUGACGAUACGAAUUUACAUCAUCCCACAAAUGGACGUCAUUUCGACGAUGACGACGACGUUAUGUUAGAUGAGAAAUCUUCCCCGUCCCUGGCCACAACAGCCAUUAAAACUGAACCGAAUUUCUAUGUGUCCGGUGAUAACUCAAAUGAGAUGCUUAUCAAAGAGGAGGUCGUUUUCCACGAUGAUGCUUCCAAUCAUUCGCCCCACUCACCGCCCGGCUCCAAAUUUGGCAUGUCGAAUUUCGACAAUGAUUUGGAUCAUCAUGUCGAUCUGUCGCAUGCUCUGCCCACAUAUGGUUAUCUCUUGGAUCAGCACUCCAUACCGGACACAAUACCAGCUCAGUUGUAUGCGGACGAGGAUGAUUUUCGAUUAGAUCACAACUCCCUGGGAGCUUUGCACAAUAAUUCCUCAUCGACGAACGAUGGUGAUUACAUCAAAAAGGAGUGGAGCUAUGGCACAAGUUCAAAUUAUACAAUAAAUGGUAAAUUCGAUGAUGAUAGCAAUGCCCUAUGCGAUGCUGCAAAUUUUAUUUAUAAUUGAUUGACACCGACACCACCAACAUCAUCACCGGUAUUCAUAGGUGAUGGUUGAUACUGAUGAUGAUGCUAAUGAUGAGUCUGACGAUGGGACAAUAUCUCUUGCAGCAUUAAGGCUUAUGCGCGCACGCCCCGCCCCUUCCGCCCUUCUUCUCGCUGUUAACCACAAUAAGGAAAAGUGCGUUGGGCAAUGUGUAGCAUAGUUGUUGUAGAGUCGCAGACCUUGUUUAGUAGCAGAGGUGAAAAAACCCCAAAAGUAAGACCAUGAUGAACUAUAUUUUCUGCUUUUUCCAGGAAAAUCGGAAUGCAUGUUUUGAAUUUAGCGAGCGCCCCUCAAAAAAUAUCGAAUUUGAAGGCGAUAUUAAAUACAAAACAUGCAUCGUGUGUUUGUGUAUGUGUGUGAAAACAAAACAAAAACAAACAACAACAACAAAAAAACCCAACAAAAUGCCAACAAAUUUACUAAGUAUUCUUUUAUUGAUGAUAGAAACAAACAAAAACAAGCACAUUAUUUGAAGAAAAAAAAAAACAAAACAGAAAUUAUAUUUUAAAAAAACAAAACUUAAGAUAAACGUCGUCGUAACACGAAAACAAAACAAAUGAAAACAAAACUAAAAACUAAAAAAAUAUGCAUAGGAAAUUUACCUAGAAUCUAAGACGGAUUUUUAUUCUGUUCUGUUUUUGGUUUAGUCACAUGAAUUUUAUUUCAAAGAAUUCAACUCCUCCUCGCAUUACACGAAAAAGAAAAACUGAAACCAAUUCAAAUCCAUGCAAACAAAAGAACUGUUGUAAACAAAAAAAAAAACAAAAACAAAAACAAACAAAUAAUGAUGGUCUGAUGAUGAAAGUAUCAAAUCAUUUGGCUUUCUUUUACUACAUAGAGACAUAUACAUAGACCAAACAGCUGAUCGAUCUAUCGAUCUACAAACGACUCACAGACAAACAAGUAGCAAAGGGAGAGAGAGAGAGAGAGUCAAAAGGUUAAAUUAUUCUUAAUGGAUUAGAAAUAUAUACAUAUACAAAUAAUUGUACUUUUAGUCCAUCAUUUAUGAUUUGCGAUAAAAGUAGCAUUUAAGUUUAUCUCUUUGUUUGUUGUAUCCUUUCUCCUCCAACUUUCUUCAGAUAUGGAUAUUUUUGGUUAGUUUUUAAAUUUUUUUUUAUCUAAUCAAUAUCUCAGUGUGUGAGUGUCUUCUCUGUAUGUGUGUUAUACAUUUACUACAUACUACCAAUAUGUAUUUGUGUUAUUUGAUGUUACAUAAUGAUUUCCUUAGUUCUAAGCAUCCUUAAUGUGUCUGUAAAAUUAUAUGAAAUCUCUUUCCGCCCAAGUCAUACUUCUCAAAAUAUGUAAGUCAAAACUUCUUAGCUCAGCUUUGACUGGGGCUUUUUCGUUGUUCCCUUUUUUCUCCUAAAAAACUCUCCACAUUUCUUUUGUCGUCUGAACUACCACAUGGUUAGAAUAAUGAGUGUUGUGUCUGGAAAGGAAAGGAAUUGUCCAAGCCUAUAAUGCGGAACAAAAAUGAUUUUUGAAAGGAUUAUUGCUGAGUUUUACAUUAAGCUUAGAUGGUUACUUUAUUAUAUUGACAGAGAGAGAGAGAGCAAGAGAUUUGCAAUCUCUUACUGCAAACUAUUUUAACAUUUAUGAUUCUCAUUUCCAAAAUUCCUCUUUGAGGAUUAAUCAUAACAUUUUGUACUAUAUGUAUAUUAGCUAUGAAAUUAUAUAAUUUACAUUAAAUUUAUGACUAUUAAGAAAUUUUAUUUUAUUGUUUUUCAUUUCUCAUUUUUAUUCCAAAGUUAUUUUUAUAUAUACCUUGAGGUUGCAAAAUGCAAAUUUGCCCCAUGAACAUUCCAUUAAGGAGCAGGGGCAAACUUCCUUAAUGUUAUUAUUUCAAAAUGUUCUCUUGUUUUAGGUUUAAUUUAUUUGGCAGCUGCCUUAGAGGUUUUUCGGAUAACUUGUGAGAUUUUACAAGAUUUUCAGGAGUUUCAUAUCGUAAGAUGAAAUUCGAAGUUUACAGCUCAAUUUUGACCCUCAUGUAAAAAAAUAACAUACACUUUCCUUUCCCUUUUUACUUGCCUUUUCGUUAGAUUAUGAAGACUACUAGAAUUUGGUAUUUCUACGUUGUUUGUUAAGCUUUAAAAAAUCCAAGUAUCAAGUGAUUGCUUAGGACGAAUUAGACUGCAUUUUCGUAGGUUUAGAUGAAAAGAGGGUGCACUCUAAAUCCGUGUCAGGAAUUCUGUGCUUCUCAUAAAGUCCGUCAUCAUUUUUCAUGUUCUGCUCCCAAAUUGAUUCAAGUCAGAUAUCGUAUCUCCACCCAACUGCUGUAGGCGGCGAAUGCCGGGCAUUGAUAGAGGAAAUGUUGAAAAGUGCAUGUGGAGGUAGAAGAGCAAUAUCCUUCCGACCCAUAGGACCAAUCACUGCGGAAUAUGAUGGCCAUUGGUUAUUUAAAGACGCCAAUAAUUUGCCUAGUCACACCGAGUAGUACAGGCACACGGUACUAAGGCAGGAUUUACUACUAGAAGGUUAGGUCUCUUGUCGAAACCAAUAAGUGGAAAAAGCCCAUACAUAUUGAGCAUGUAAAAAUAGGUCGUUUAAAUGACGUCAUAGAUAAGAGAAAACUCAAACCAAGAAUGAAUGUAGAAAGAGAACAAAAUGACAUUCUAUUAAGAAUUCAAAAAUUGAAUGUCGGCUGAUUGCUUUUCACAAUCUUAUUUAGUGAGUACUGGUAUUUAUGCAAUAAUCGGUGACAUCCGGCCUCUCAUUGAGGCUCUCCAAUCGAUGCCGCUGAAGUUGUUGUUGUUGUAGCGAUCCUCGUCAAUUUCCAUAUGUGAGCAAGCUCGUUCCGGUAGAACCGUGAUAGCCAUUGGUUAUUUAAAGCUCCAAUAACUCCACUUGUCAUAUCUAAUUAAGAAAGAGCCGGUGCAGCCCGACCUCCCACUGAGACUCUCCAAUCGAUAUCGCUGGUUGUCCCCGACUGCAAUUGCAGCUAAUACGUAAACGAAGCAUGAUCGGGAGUAGCGAGAGGCAUUGGGUCAACUCUAGUCUAUAAUCAAUAGAGUUGCGUGAUUCGCUGACCAAUUAAGAGUAUUGGGUAAUAGGCACGAAUUCCGAAAGAUGGAUUGCACAACAACUAUACUUUAUACUUGUAGGUAUCGGAUUGACACGAUGGAAUCCUUCAUCGGUAUGGGCUGCCGCCUCGGUGUAAAACACACUGCUACAACAACAACUAUACCUACCGAAAAAAAGGCCCUGUGACCUUUCAAAGGCAUUUUAUAUGUGAAUCGUAAUCUUUAAUGAUUAGUCUGAACUCCCGAACUCGAUGAAGAGAUGAAUUGUGAACUACAUAUGCGGUUGUCAGUCAUGCACAGAGUUUAAAACGCCAUGUCGAAAAAACGUUCAGUUAAACGGGAAAUUUCCCGUUCUUUCCCCGUUCCUGCCUCAUCAUUGCUCCCUCCGACCCCUACUACAUUGAAGAUAAUAACAUGCCCAGAUGAGGGCUCUAAGGGGCAUAGGUUAAGUUAUGUUAGGUUAGAGUGGCAGUCUUAAACAGACUCACUUAGACUUAUUUAGUCCAUUGUGAUACAACAAUGACGACAGACCAGGCCUCUGGUGGAAAUCGAACCCACGACCCUUGAACAGGUAAUCCGAGCAAGCUUCCUAUUGGGCUAUCGGGGCGACCAAAGCGGACAUAUCAUUGAUGAGCUGUGGGAACGAAUAGAUCUUU